AUGAAUUAUGAAGAAGAAAAAAAAAUAUUUAAUUUAAAAUUAUGUGAAGAAUUGAGAAAAAUAAAGGGAUACAAAAUUAUUCAAAAUGCAUUGAAGGUUAAAAAGAAAAAGAAAGGAAUAAAAAAGGGACUUUUAUACAAUUUAAUUGAAUUAAAAUAUAUAAAUAAAAUACUGUAUCAGUUAUAUUUUCAUAAAAAAUGUAUGAAAAAUUUCAUAGAUGAUGAUAAUUUAUUUUGUUAUAUAAGAAAAAUCAUCCAAAUUAAAAAGAAUAAAAAUAUAGUUGUAAAUUACAUUGAUACUCAUAUUGAUACAUCGCUUCAUUUUAUAAAUUGUAACAAAAAUUUUUAUAUUUUUUGUAAAAUUAAUCAUUAUGUAAAUAAGGAAUUAUUUAAUAUUAAUAACACAUCUUCAAUUAUUCUAUUUUUUUAUGAGCCAUAUUAUGAUGAAAAUGAAACAUCUAAUAGAUAUUUAAAUUCCUUUAAGUUAUCCCUGAAGGAUAAACAUUUUAGUAAAUAUUUAUGCAAAAAUAAUUUUCAUGAUACAAUAAUUAAAAAAAAUAAUGAUACUAAUAAAAAUAAAAAAUUCAAUAAAGGAAAUAAGUAUACUUUUAAGAAUGAAAUGUUUCUUGAUAAAAAAAGAAAUGAAAGAAAUAUUUCUACAAAAAAAAUUGUUGAUUAUUAUCUUCUAUUAAUUAAUUAUGAAAGUUGCAAUAAAAUAUUACAUUUUUCUUUUUUUCAUACAUUUCAAAAAAUUUUAUAUAAAUUUUUAUAUGAUAAAAAAAGUUAUGAUGAAAUUAUUAAGUUAACCAAUGUACAUAACUAUCAUAAAAUUAACAAUUAUAAAUUUAUUUUUAAACAUGAUGAAAAUGUUUAUGAGAGUAAAAAUGUAGUAAAAUAUGACACUACAGAACAUAUAAAAUUAAAAAUUAUUCAUUUCAUUAAAGAAAAAAAAAAAUUUAGCUACUUUUUAUCAAUUUUUUAUAACAAGUGUAAUUUAACUAGAAAAGAAAACAAUUCUCAAAAAAAUAUUAAGGGAAGUUUUAAAAAUAUUAUUGAUUCUUUAAAAAAAUAUAACAAAAUAUAUAUAUAUAGUAACAUUUUGAAAAAAGAAAAAGAAUUUUUUUUAACUUUUAAUAAUAUUAAUAAAUGCUUUUUUAUUUUUAUAUUUCCUAUUCUGUUAUAUUUUAAUAAAAAAAAUUGUCUUUUUUUAAAAAUAAAUUCUGAUAAUAAGAAAGACAUAAAUUUACAUUUGAUAUUCAAAUUUUUAAAUGAGUUAUUUCUUCUAAUCCGUACAUUGUAUUCAAAAAAGAAGUUAAUAAAAAAAUUGAAAAAAUAUAUUUCUAACAGAACCUUAAAAGGAUAUUUAAAUUAUAAUUUUUUCAAUAACCAUAAAAGUGAAAAAGGAAAAAAAAAAAAAUAUAUAUAUACGUUUCAUAGUAUUCUUGAUAAUUUCGUUUUAGUACAGGAAAAUUAUCAUAUAAAUAAUAAAUUAUUUCUAAAAAUUAAGAAAAUUUUUUUAAAAAUUGAACUCUUAAAUAAAAAUAUUAUUUUAAAUUUUGUUGAAAAGAAGUUUGAAAAAUUAUGUGAAACUAUUGAAGAUUUAUUAAAGUGGAAUUGGAAGUUUAGGAAUGCUAAUUUAUCUAAAAAUGAACAUAUGUAUGUUUAUUUUUUAGAAAAAAAAGAAAAUAGAAAUGUAAUUAAUAAAAAUAGUUGUUAUAUUAAUAAUACAAAUAAUAUAAGAAACAAUAAUUAUUGUAUUAAAAAUAAUAAUAGUAGUGGUAUUAUUUUAUAUAAUAAUAAUAAUAAUAAUAAUAGUUUAAGUAAUAGGAAUAGAGAAAAUUUUCAUUUAAUUUGUAUUUUUAAAAUUACAUCUAUUAAAGAUAAAAUAUUAAAAGUAGCUAAAAAUAUUUGUAUAUAUAUUUUACAUUUUUUUGGUAAUUUUGAAAAAUUCAAUAAUUUUGAUAAAAUAUAUAUAUUAAAACAUUUUCUCUACAUUAUUAAUAAGUUACCAUAUCUUUAUAUAUGCUAUAUGAAAAGGAGAAAAUGGAUUCAUUUAUUCUUUAGAAGAUAUAUUUAUUAUAGUAAUUCCUUACAUAAUAAUAAAUCAAUAAAAGAUAAAUAUAGUGAUCUAUUAAAAUUUUUUAAAAAAAAAAAAUGGUUAAAGAAUAUUUUUAUUAAUGAGGAUGUUUUUCUUUUCUUAUUAAAAAUGCAGAAACUAUUGUUAUAUUUUUAUUUAUAUUUAUUGGGAAUAUUUUUUAGAAACACUUUUAGCUUUUCUUCAAAAAUGAAUAAAGUGGGAAUUAAAGAGAGUAAAAUGAAAAGUAAAUUUUUUCUUACAAAAGAAAUGAUUUGUGAUAAUUUUGAUAUAUUAAUUAAAAAAAUAAAGAAAAAAGAAAAAGAAAAAAUUUAUAUAUAUUUUUUGAAAAAUGAAAAUAUGUUUUUGAACUUUAAAAAUAACAAUAAUCAAAGUAAAAAGACAUAUAGUUUGUUAAAAAAAAAUGAGGAAAAAAAAAAUAAAAUUGUAUACGUAUCGAAAAUAGUAUGCAUUGAAAAAUAUUUAGAAAGAAAAGAAGAAAAAAAGAUGAAAUUAUUAGACAAAAAUAAGAUUUAUCAGAGUGAAAUGAAUUUGAGUAAAAAUAAUAUAAAUAAGGCAGUAGAAUUAACAGAACCAAAUAUAGAGAUUAAUGAAAAUUUUGAAGAGGAGGAUAGAAAAAAAAAUACAGAUAUAAAAGAUGAAACUUUUUAUAAUUUUUUCAAAUUGAAGAAUAUGAAGAAAACAUUUUACAAAUAUAUGACUUAUAUAAUUGAGAAAACAAAAGAAAAAAUUAAAAGAGAAAAAAAUAUAUUUUUUUUAAAUGCUAAUUUACACAAGUUAAAAUUGUUAAAAAUAGUAAAUACAUUCCAACAUGAAAUAAAAAUUAUUAUGGAGCUCAUUUAUAAAAUGAAUGACAGUAAUAGAAUUGCUAUUGAUAAUAAUAAACAAAGAAAUCAAGAGUUAAAUUUUAUUGAUCAUCAUAAAAUUGAUAAAUUGUUAUUUUUUAUAAAUAAAAAGAUUAGAAUUAAUAAAAAUUUAUGCAUUUUUAAUAUCUCUAAUGAAAUAAUAAAAAAAAAAAUUGAUUUUACGAAAUUAAUAAAUAUAAAUAAUAAAAUAAUACAUAACUUAGUUAUAAAUGGUAAACAAUCUUUCAAUAAAAUAUUUAUGAAAAAUAAAUUAAUUACUUAUAAAAUGACGCUUAAUUAUUUAAUUUAUUUUAUAAAUGGCCAUAUUUCUUAUUCUAUCAAUAUUUUUACUAAUAAUUACGAGAAAUUAAAUAAAUCAAAUAACAUAUAUUUUUUAAAUCUAUAUAAGAAUAGCAUAAUUAAAAAUAAAUUUAUUGAAACUACGAUGUAUUUUUUAGAGUAUAUAUUUACAUAUAUAAGUGAUAUUGUUACAUUUAUUAAAAACAAUAAUAUGAAUAAGAAAAAAAAAAAAAAUCCUUUUAAUAUAUGCAAAAUAUUUUGUUAUAAAAUAGUGCAAAAUAAGUGUGUGUUAAGCAAAAUUUAUAAAGGUAAAAAAAAAGGAGACUUUUUUUUAAACAUUUUUAUAUUUUUUAAGGAAAAGGUUUUAUUUUUUUAUUCUUUUAGUAAGUAUGAUAAUGGUGAUAAUUUAUUUAAUCCCUUUUUUGUUAAAAUGUUGAAUAAUAAUAAAUAUUAUGAUGUUUUUUUAGAUAGUUCAAAUUUUAGAAUGAAAAAAAAUUGA